GGGAACAAAAGUAAAAGAAAGAAAGUUUAGAAAAGAAAUUGAAAACCUACCAUCCUAAUGUUUGUGUUUCAAUAAAAUACUUGACUUACCCAUUACUAUUUUUUCUUUCCGUCAUGUUUUCCUCUCUUUGUCAUUCUAUUAAUUUUGUCUCUUCAUUCUGAAGAAAGAAAGAACACAAAGAAAAUUUAUUGUAGGGGCAGCCUCUCCAGGAGGAGGCUAUGUAGAUUAUCUCCUGGAUUAAAGUUUUAAUAGUCAAACAAUUCGGUUUUUCUUCAUUUUGUGUUUAAGGUGGGGUGUUUUCAACUUGUAAUAAUAUUCUAUUUCAUUAAGAUAUGUUAGGACCUGUUCAUAUUUAGGAGUCACUUUUCUUUUGAAUAGCUUAGGAAGAAAGUGAUCACCAAUAACCAAAACAUAAAUUUGUAACACAUAGCAAAAUAAUAGAAAGAAAAAAAAUGGGAGGCAAUUCACCAGAAAGGAAACCUAGUUGUAGCUUUAUAACAACAGUAUUUCGGCGACGCAAUCCAUGGUCACGCAAACCAGUCUCUGAAUGUUCUUCUCCCACCACCAACACUCUUGGAUCCCCAUCAAACAACCAAGAUUCCAAACGACGAUGUGGAGAAUCCAAUGAUGUUACUUUAGUUGCAGAAGAUUCGUACAACGAUGUCAUAAUUUCUUCAUCUUGUUCUGUCUCCAAUCCUCAAAGGCCAACACAUGUUGUAAACCAAAGGAAACCACAUCAUCAUCCCAAUGAGAGAAUAAUGGUUAAUAAAGGGCCCUCACCUACUCAAGGCUAUGUCAACCAAGGUAGAAGGGUUCCAAAAGAAGCUGUUGGCAUUUCUGGUGAACUUGAAAGCAUGAUCAACGAUUACCAAAAGUCCAAGGGAAGUAGCACCCUUGUUCGAGCUUCUUCUAGCAACGUGAUGUUGUUUGGUAACUUAGGUAACCUUAGGCAAGGAGGAGUUGGUGUAGAUAACAAUGCUUACAGUGCAAUGGAUUACUAUGUUUGUGAUGGAGGAUACACAAACCAUACCAUAGGACGUGAAGAUUAUAUUAGCACCGAUAAAUCAAGCAAGGAACAACAAAGAUCACUUUGUAGGGCUUUGUCUACUAGAAUGGAUCCUGAGCAAUUGAAGAUAAUGGGAAAUGAGGAUUAUAAGAACGGAAGAUUUGCUGAGGCACUGGCUUUGUAUGAUGCUGCUAUUGCAAUAGACCCUAAUAAGGCUUCUUAUAGGAGCAACAAAAGUGCAGCAUUAACUGCUCUAGGUAGGCAUUUGGAGGCUGUUUUUGAAUGCAGAGAAGCCAUUCGAAUUGAGUCUCAUUACCAUAGAGCCCAUAAUCGAUUGGGAAAUUUGUACUUAAGAUUAGGAGAAGCGAACAAGGCCAUGUAUCAUUAUAAACAAGCAGGACUAGAGGCUGAUCCUGAUGAGAUUGCUAAAGCAAAGAUUCUCCAAGUACAUCUAAACAAAUGCACCGAGGCUCGUAGGUUAGGAGAUUGGAAGACACUAUUAACUGAGACUAACAAAGUUAUAUCAUCUGGUGCAGAUUCUGCUCCACAAAUAUAUGCAUUACAAGCUGAAGCCUUGCUAAAGCUACGUAGGCAUCAAGAUGCAGACAAAGUAAUGUCAAAGUGUCCUAAAUUUGAUGUUGACCAGUGUACCAAGUUCUUUGGACCAAUUGGAAAUGCAAGUUUAUUGGUGACACGUGCUCAUGUUGAUUUGGCUUCUGGAAGAUUUGAAGAUGCUCUAGAGGCAGCACAAAAAGCAACUAGGUUGGAUUCUAAUAGUAAAGAGGCAAACAAGGUGAUGGUAAAGGUCCGAGUUGUCACAGCUGCACGUGCAAAGGGAAAUGCGUUUUUCAAGAUGUCAAAAUUCUCUGAGGCAUGCAUUGCUUAUGGAGAAGGCCUUGAGAAUGAUCCAUAUAACUCUGUUUUAUUAUGCAAUAGAGGUGCAUGCAAAUCAAAACUAUGCCAAUUUGAGAAAGCUAUCGAUGAUUGCACAGCUGCCCUUAACUUACGCCCGUCUUAUGGUAAGGCCAGAUUGAGAAGGGCAGAUUGUAAUGCUAAGUUGGAAAGAUGGGAAGCUUCAAUACAUGACUAUGAAAUCUUGCUAAAAGAGACACCGGGAGAUGAGAAAGUAAAGCAGGCAUUGGUGGAGGCCCAAUCACAACUUAAGAAACAAGCGAGGUGAUGAAACAACUUGAGGACAUGUGUUUCAUAGUUAGAGGGGAGAAAAAUAGACAUGUAGAAGGUGAAUAUAAGAAAAUGGAACAAACAUGUGAAGUGUGUCAAGUUUUAGAUUGGUGAGAAUAAGUGCCUUUAUAUUCGCUAGCAAAGACCAACACACAGGAUAUUAGGACAAGAUAAUCAAACCCUCAGAAAACAAAAAAUCAUUUAGGCAAGGAAAAUUCAAAUCCACCUUCAGAAUGUUUCAUGAGGAAAAACAAAGGCUCGAUUUGUUACAAGUAUAAAGGAAAGUCACCAAGCUAUAAUGUGUAUUAGAACUUGAUUGAUGAACUUGGUAUGCGUCUCCUUUAUCCUUUUUAAUUUCUUUCUUCUUUUGGAAAACCUAUAGUAUAUUUGUGUUUGAUGGAUUUUAAAUGUACAUUAGAUUUGUAAAUUGUCAUUUGACAGGUUAGAUACUUUAAUUUUUUUUUUCUCACCUCUUUCUAUAUUUUCUUUUAGAGAAAGUCAUCCUUGUAUGUUUUCUCCACAUUGUGUUAUUACUAAAUUUGCGAUGUAAUAUGAAGUUAAUUUGUUGAAA